GUGCUUCCUGAGAAUGAAAGUAGUAUGUGAGAGAGUGGAUCUUCAGUAUGUAUAAAGAGUCUGUGGCAUAUAUAUUGCAAGAGAGAGAUCUCUGUAGCCGGGGCAAUCGCGCAAAUUCCAUGGGAUGUGGUUUUGUAUGUUCUUUUUCCCCAUCAUCUACGUACUUUUCUCACUCUCCCCAUUGAGGAUCUCUCGGUUGCCCUCUCUCACUCUGCCGCAACGAUCGGAAAAUGUACAAUGUGGUUGACUUCGUGUUAAAUAACGCGUUUUUAUGAGUUCGCGCGGGAAACGAAAUGCAGAGAAUCCCACAACGCAGCGACCAACAGGCGGCAAAGUACCGUGUGUGUCUAGCUUAGUCGUAUUCGAGAGUUUGGGCUGUGCGGUUCAUUUCCAAUAUUAUAUAUUGUUGAAGAGAUAUACUGGAAAUCGUACAAUACCACAGUCAAAUUGUAGAGGAAGCCUUUUUUUCACACAUGGAUAUUUUUCUUAUAAGGCUGCACAGCUUCUCUCACUAAAAUAAUUUUUCUUUAGCACAUUUUAGUGCUCUUCGAUCCAACUCUGUGAGCGGUGUUUUGGUGAAAAUAAUUAAGAAGGAGAAAAAAAAAAAGCAUUCGUGAGUUCUGCUAAAGAAUUUUUGGCCAGGGUCUAAUGAACUUUUCAUGAGAAGGAGGAGUGUUGUUGGUCAAGUAGUGAGUGAAGGCGCGCAUUAUAUUAUAUUCUGUGGUGCGUGCGGCUAUAGAGGAAGAUAUCAGUAAAUUGAGAGUGAGAGGAUUUAGAAUUGUACAAAGAACCGAGUUUAAAUUGAGCAUUCAUUGAGUGAAAAUGAUAAAGUGUAUUAUUCAGCGAUAAGCUUCUAAUUAAUUGUUUUUCGCUAAAUUCAACUGGGCAAAAGUUUCGCGCCAUAAGAGAGUAACAAAUAAAGAUUAUUCCCAAUACAUCCAAAUAGUGGAAAGAAAGAAACGAAAAAAAAUUUUUGAGAAAAGAUAAAUAUUGGUGGACGUAGGAGUGUUGAAAAAGAACCCGCACAAAAGUCGGGAAUAAAGCCAUCGUGGUGUGCCUGUUGAAAUGACCGAAGGGGAACUUCUGCAGGAGAACGGAGCGGCUUUUGGGAAUGGCGAUGUGAGAAUUUCCAAUGGUUCCCUCGGCAACGAAAGGCACAACAAGCAACCAAAAGUUGUGGCUGCUGGCACGAGUGGGCCCAGAGAGCGGCCGGUGUCGAUGGAAAUGAAAGAACCACCGGAUGGUGGAACACGUGCCUGGCUCAUUGUCAUCAGUUCAUUCUUCUGCAAUGGAAUCAUCUUUGGCGUCAUCAACACCUACAGCGUUAUCUACCUGCGCCUCCAAGAGGAACUUAAAAUGCGUGGAGAUCCCGAAGCAAGUAGUAAAUCUGCACUCGUUGGAUCCCUCACGAUUGGUGCCACAUUCCUACUUUCUCCAGUGGCGGGAAUUCUUACUGAUAAGAUUGGACUCCGACAGACAGCCAUUCUUGGUGGUGUACUCACAUCAUGCGGCCUCUUGGCAUCAUCCUUCGUUACUCACAACAUUAACGCCCUGUACCUCACAUAUGGCAUUAUGUAUGGCUUCGGUGCCGCCCUUACGUACACACCCUGCCUCUCCAUCCUUGGUUAUUACUUCAAACGCUACCUGGGUAAGGUGAAUGGCUUCGUGACGGCGGGUUCCAGUGUCUUCACAGCCGUGAUGCCCUUCCUCAUUAACUGGCUUAUUUCCUCAUAUGGCCUCAGUACGGCUCUUCGUGUUGAAGCUGGCAUUUCCAGCGUUAUCAUCCUGUGUGCCCUUCUGUACACACCAAUCGCCCCUAAAACAUCGCAAAUGCGGAUGCGCACUGAACCAUCAUCACCUGCUGCCAGGAAGAGUCUCAUUAAUGUGGAUAAUUGGAAGAAGAAGCGCUACGUCAUUUGGGCUCUAUCCAUUCCUGUGGCACUAUUUGGCUACUUCGUACCCUACGUGCAUAUGUCCAAAUUCAUUACGGUCGCCUUUGCGGGGAAUGACAUUAAUCUGCCAGUGAUGUGCUUGGGUAUUGCAUCGGGAGUAGGACGUCUUGUGUUUGGCUUCAUUGCUGACUUGCCGCGGAUCAAUAGGAUUCUUCUGCAACAGGUAUCCUUCUGCUUCAUCGGCAUCAUGACAAUGUUCCUGCCUAUUACGAGUUCAUACCCACUGCUGUUGGUGUUUGUUCUCGCCAUGGGACUCUUCGAUGGAUGCUUCAUCUCACUCAUUGGACCAAUUUCAUUUGACAUCUGCGGCCCCAAGGGUGCUUCGCAGGCCAUUGGAUUUCUCCUUGGCUUGUGCUCCUUCCCCCUUACAUUAGGGCCACCGAUUGCUGGGAUGCUCUUCGAUCACACAGGCUCCUACACAUUGCCAUUCAUUCUGGCGGGAAUUCCACCGCUGGUCGGUGCUACCACAAUGCUCCUUAUACGAUGUGUCAAAGACGAAAGUAUCGGUACAGAGAUGCACGAUAAAGAUCCUGUUCAGCAUCCCCUCGCCAAGAGUGCUUGGGAUGAAGAACGACCAUUUGACGAUAGGAAGUUCUGCAAUGGUAGAGUACCCCAUACGCUGGAAAGGAAGGCAUCACUCGCGAGUGCAGAAUCGUUGAAUGAUGUCGCCAACCAAUGAACAUUGAACACAAGUCUUGUGUUUCUGGUUCUUUUUUUUUAAAGAGAGAUUCAUUGACUAAAUGUAGGUUAAAAAAAUUAAUGCUGGACAUUUAGAAAACUACUGCAAAGAAAAUAAAUUUGCUGUAUCAAAUACGAAUAUUUUGCCAUGGAUUGGAGAAUCCAAUAACUUUUUUUUUGUAAUGGUACUUCAGACUUAUCACUUACUAUCGAUUAUAUACAAUGUAAUUUGUAAAAAUAAUUAAUUACUUAGAAGAGCUUUAGGAACAAAAAGCAGUUAGAUUUAAAAUUAAUUUGUUGUAAAAGUACAAGGAAAAUUUAGUAGGGCUACUUCACGCUAUUUUGCGUAUAUAAAGGAUAAAUUAAUCCGUAAUGAACAUAUUUUAUCAAUUUUAUGAGGGAACUGUGUUGGAGUUAGUGGAGGUGCCUGGUAUAAGAGCGAUUGUGUGAAGAACAUCAACCCGAUGGCAGCACACGCUAUCCGGGAGUUUAAUUCAAAAGUCACAACCGUUACGCGUAAAUCAAUAAAACAUUUUAAAUUAAAAUAAAAUUCAGACAAUUGAUCAUCGACAGUGCUAUAUUAUAUUAUUUAAAACAAAAUAUAUAUAAUAAUCAGUACAAGAUAACCCCUCUCUAGGAUGUUGACAUGUUAUGUAAAACUUAGCAGAGGAAAGAGUCAAAUAAAUGUCUGUUAAUAAUUUA